CUUUUUGAAAGGAACUAGCCUUUGAACUACCAUCGUAUUAAUGUUGGUGAAUGCGCUUGCACCCGUUGUGUGUCUGCGUUCUGAGCUUUGUUUUUUUGAAGGUUCCUCCAUACCUGUAUUAAGUCGUGGCUUUCGCUUCCGUCGGCCUACUUUGAGAGGCGCUUUUCGUUUUCUAUCCAUAAUUGUUCUCUGAAGUACGCCUGGUAUUUAAAGCGUCCCGUUCACCUAGAACUUUUCAUGUAUGAGAAGUGUUGUCGCAAGGUUGAUUAAUUUCAGUACAAGGUUUUAGCUUAGUCGGCAUGGGUUGUCAUGAUUCUAGGUCAAUAAAACUUCAUUUAUAUAUAAUUUAGAACAAAAAUGCCAAAACUAAGAGAGUACGCAUAUUGAAUUUGGCAAACAAAAAUUUUGGAGCACCUUAAUAUGUAAAUCUAACAGCGACAAGGCCUGCAACGCAUGACGAGUAUCAUGUAAGAACCUUCAGCAAUGACUGCAAACAAAUCUGAUCAAUGUAGCUUAUGGUACAUUGCUCUAAGCACUUGCGCAUAUAUGCGCAUCCAUACAUACAUAUAUACAUACAUAUCUACACAACAUCCGUCGUGCGUGCUCCACUUUGCCAGUGACGCAGUGAAGAGAGGUGCAAUGACGCGUUUGUAACAAGAACUACUCCACUAAUACAGACAUACUUACAUAAUUAGUCGUAUUAUUCCACACUCGUGAAUUAUUAAUUUCGAGACAAGACUGGUACGAGUAUUAAAACCCAUUGUACAUGACCUCGACAUGAAAAGCUUCUGAUGGACUUUAGCAUAAUGCUGAAGAGAUUACCAUGGCAAGCAUACAAGUAUUGCGCUUAUUAAGUACGCGUAUGUAGUUGAAUAGCCGUGGGUUGAAGUUUAGCUUUAGAAAAGAAGUCAAUGGCCAUGACAAGGUACGAGCCGACUAUCUUAAGCUCUGAGCGCGCUGAGCAAAGUGAGUAAUAUAGAGGGAACGCAACAGUGAAUAGUUUACAUUCCAUGCACUAUAUUGAGUGGGGAAAUAAGUAAAUAUACAUGUGUGUGAGCAACUCUCACAAAGCUUUGCAUUGAAGCGUUCUUCCAUGCCAGCUCUCUCAACAUUUACAGCUGGCAAGAAAAGCUUUGUGCCAUCGAUGGCUUAACAAUCGCAUCGAGUCAGUGUUUGGUUUUACUGGCUCGCCAUAUUUUCUAUUUGUUGCUACUUGUUGUUGGCUUUGCCGCUUCGAGUUGCGCCACAAUUUGGUAAUACUUGUACAAACCGAAAAAGCGGUGGUACGUAGCAACGGUAGCGGCAACAACCGGCCAUGGCUUGUCGCAACAUUGACUCGAAGCUAGUGGCUUAGUCUUCGAUGAGUUGGGCUCGAAAGCGGUUGUCGUAUACGGAUCAAUUUGUAUUUGGUACGCUGUGCACGAAUAUACGAGAUUUUCGUGAGUUCGUUGUAUGCGUCGAAGUAAGAGAGGAAUUUGUGAAAUGUUCAAUGGAAAUUGACAAGAAAACGCAAGCAGAAAUCGAUUUUUUACUCAAUUGUGUUUUUGGGGAAACUUCGCUUUCAUAAAAUUAUUUACCUGCCCGUGAAUCAGUGCAUUUCAAUUGGUGAUUAAUGUGUGCACUUUAGCAUUCACUGUUGCGACUGCGCAGUGUUGAUGCCGUAAUUGUGGCAGUGCUGACUGUUGUGAAUGAUUUUGGCUUUUGGCAUCACUCGUUAUUCUAAAUAAAGCUGCGGUAAUUAUGCUGGCCAAAGAAAAUUAAACAAAAAAAAAAAAAAACAAUGAAAUACAAAAAUAACUAAAGCAGAAAAUCGCCUCCAAUUAAAGUAGCAACGCUCAUUGUUGCUGUGACUUUGUGCGUAUCGCGCUAUAUUCGUUAGUUACGAUUUCGGCUAAUUAAAAUUUGUUGGCCAGUGGACUCAAUCGGUGGACCUUGAAACGUACACGCACUAAAGACAUGAAACAAAUUGUACCGCCCUUGAUGCUAUCUUGAAACCCUAAAACGUAGAAACAACGAAUUUUCGCAAAAAAAAAAAAACAAAAACAAAUCGGUUUUCGCAUGUAAUGUCCUUGUUAAUUAAAUACGCGUUGAAAAAGUUUGAUAAUUCAUUUAGUAAUCCCUUGAAGCAUAUGUUCUAGAUACCUGAAAGAUUAUGCGACCCAAUGUCAGUAGCGGCUGUUGUACGCUAGAAAACGCUGCAAAUGCUGCCAGUGUAAGGAAUUUGCAAGUAUAUCCUUUGCCUCCUGGAGCUAAUUUACAUUCGAAUCCGCAUUCACAUCAUCAUCAGCAGGCGCAACAGCAACAAAACCACAUCCAUCGUAUUCAUUCACAACAGCAUUUUUCCCUACAACAACAAUUCAAGCCUCAAGCGCCUACCGCGUGGUUUCCACCACAAAGUCUUUAUAAUGCCGUGCCACAUCCGUCAAACGCGAGCAAAGCAGCUGCCAAUGGUCGUCAUCAAGGAAUACCUUUUGUGGCACCACAGCCGCCAGCUUUGAUACAAAGCCAUGGCCAGCAACUAAUCCCAGCAGCGCCACAGUCCCAUUCGCACCAACAACACCAGUAUCAACAGUACCACUGCAGUCUACAACAGCAAAAACAUCAAUCUACGCAUUUUCCCCAAAAACCCCAAUGCGUUUUGCAGUCCACUUCCACCGUUAGUGGCGCUCAUCCUUUUAGUGGUUACCUGCCUGCAAAUACACCUCACACCCGACCAACGCCAGAUCAAUUAAGCGUUGGCGCGUCGUCAGCGGGACCACCGCAUUCAGCCAGCUUUACCAAGCUAGCAUCAACAUCGGUGGUUAACCAACAACGCGUCAAUGAAUGCGCUGGCAUACCACUCAUCUCAAAUUCCACCACACAUCUCGCAGCUAACCAGCGACAACGCGUUCAACGCAAGCUGUCUCGCUCGCCUGGACCCCAUCAAAAGCUAUCAGCUGUUGGUGGCAUCGAUCCCACCUAUAAACCACAGCAUCCCUGUGUCGGUCUUUAUAUGGCGCGUAGCGCAAACGCUGCCAGUUGCUCGCAUAUUUCCCAACUAGCUGCACAUGCUCAAGGUGCACCCUUACUACUGAAUAAGCAGUAUCAGCAACAACAACAAUGUGCUGCUCCAAAAUGGCCAAUGACGCACAGCACUUCUAAUACCUUCCAGUCCGCAGCGUCUUCACACUGUUCACUAAAUGCCCAGAUGGCCUCGGUCGGAACAGCGGUUAAGUCAAACACUGAGAAAGCUUCUCGUGCUACAUUGCGUUACCAACACUCAGCUCCAGCCGCUCUAAGUACUCGCGGAAAAGAGAGUACAACACAGACGACACAAGUGAGCACGGCAUCCUCAGAGGCAAUUAAACACAGUACCGAGGCUGGAGACACUGCAUUACCACGCAUAAUUAAACCACGAAAACGACGUAAAAAGGAUCGUAAGCCCACAACUAACGCCGUUUUACUGAAACUGGAUGCAGCCGCUGCUUCUGGUGCAACUUCGGAAAUUGCCAGGGACUGCUCGCAAGAAAUGCCGGCAUUGAAUAUGCAGCAAUCUCAACUGAUGUUAAGACAGCCACAAGAAUUGCAACGCCUGCAACAUAAAUCGUACUUGUAUCCGCACCAGGACUCUAACGAAAAUCUAUAUAAAUUUAUAAACUUUUACCUUGGUACUCAGCAGCCAAUGGAUAAUGCUGACAGCACACACGUUUUUAACUCAAAUCUACCACUGUUGGACUACAAACCCAGAGGUAUACUACCAUCGCCGUGCUUGAAGUCCCCAGGCUGUGUGAGUGGAAUCAGACAUAAACAGUGCGAUGCGUCACGAGAUGAGCACAGUAUUUGUGUUUGUCGGCACUGUGAUCCGCUACGUUCAAUUUGGGAUUACCCUCUGAGGCGCUCGCUCUCUGACUCAUCGGCCGCCUCGAUACGUACACAUUCCUCCUCGUCAUCUUCAUCGUCGUCUUCAUCACAAGCUUCCUCCACUGAGACCGCAUCAUCCUCCUGUUCGUCGGCGCCGCUGACAGAUGGCGCUCUUUCACCUUCAACCGCACUUUCUCGUGCUCAUCGUGUGGGCGUUAUUGGCUCUAAUCGUAAUUGUCUGGAUAGCAAUAGAGAUGUGGCUAAACACACCGAAAAGGGUUGCGAAAUAUUUGGUGGAAGAACUACAACGAAUGGUUGCCUUAGCGACUCAAAUGACUCGGGUUAUGGUGACAUACUUAGUGGCAUCAACAUUGCCGACGAUUUCUUCAGCCAGAGCACAUACAAUAUGUCCACUGCGUUAACGUCACUUUUAGCUACAACCCACGAACCAGUACUGGAUGUGCGACAAUCUGCGGCUGAUCAAUCAAUGAAAACUGCGCAAAUGUAUGGCUGUGGGACCGAAACGUUGCUGCCCUUGUUACCAGCAACCGCAGAUGCAUUGUUGACUGAGAGCAUCAACGAGAUUUCGCGCAAACUCAUUGAAACUUGUGGUAGCGAGCUGUCGAACGAAUUUACAGGAGCAGCAACACGCUCACAAAGCGCCUAUUCACGUUGCAGCAGUGAUUUCUCCGCAGAUAGUGGCAUCGAUAGCGCCGCCAUCGUAAAUUGUGACGAGUUGGUGUUUAAGUUUGACAAUUUAAAUUUUAUGAUUGAUGUUGCGAAAGAUACAGCUAGCGACAACAACAACAACAACUACUUAGGCACAAACAACAGCGAAUUGGCUGCUACAGCAGGGAACUCGUUCUCCGAGUUGCUUAAGUUACCUAUAACAGCAACUGGACCAGAAACGGCAGAAUGCAUAAAUAAAAGGAAUUUUUUCAACGAUGCAACAAACCUAAAUCUACUUUUCGAUUUGAAUAAUAAUGAAAAUAGUAUUUUUGAAUUUGAACCCGAAAACGAACGCGAAUCUGAACGCGAACGCGAACGGCUGCGAAAAGCAUUACACGAAAAACAACAACAACACGAUCAACAAUUCAUAAAUAAUUGUUUCGAUUUAGUGUGGCCAACAACAUUUGAGAACUGCAUGCGCAAGACAGUUACCAAAAUUUUAGAUAUGGAUGUGGAAAAGCAGUUGGCUGCACUACCACAUCCAGAAAUUGCAUAGAUGAAGACAAACGUGAGGCAGGCAAUAUAGUGCUGCAUAGCGAAGGAUCAGCUGGAGCUCUGUAAGAGUUUGAGUAAGACGGAGGCUCAGAAGUAGUCCUUCAUAUUUGUAUGCCUUAAAAUAAAUCUUUGGUUGCCUCUGAACUACAUAAGUACCCAUUAUGCAACCGAAAACAUUUGCUCCCUCGUUUGCCGCUUCAGCUCAGUCAGCUUUGUUCGAUCCGUGCACGCCGGCAACAGCAAAAAAAGGUUACGCAAUGAGAUUAUUAAGACAGUGAAAACGAGCGUAAUGUCUUAAGGGUUAGCCAACAGCCAGCAGCAAGAAAUACCAAAAAA